AUGGCCGCGAGGAGGGGCAGGUUUGGAAUGAUUGAAUAUCCCUUUCGACACGCUCGGUUAACAUAUGGCCUAGGGAGUGGUGACUUGGAGAGAGUGGCCGACUUUGCUUGUAUUUCUGUGACGUCUGGAGGUGCGCAAGACCGAGGUAGCUCGACCACGUCGUCCCAUGGCUCUAAAAUGAAGUCGGACAAAGACAAGGGCGGUGAUGCCACCGACAAGGAGGUUGAAGCAGACGGAGAGCGUUCAGCUGGUGGCGACCAAACAUUUAAUAGCUUCUCUCGCAGGCGUAUCGCCCUCAAUGCCCAUAUUAAGACGCCAUGCAAAUUCAUCAGACAGCGGCCACGGGCAAGGCAGGCCGAGUUCCUUACAGCUGGUACAGAUGGGCUUCUCCUCGGUGCACUUCUUCCUCCUCAGGCGACAGCAGAGGCAGCCCAUCUUGGAUCGCGCGCGCCUGGGGCGAGCGGUCUUGGCGAGGGUCAGGGAGGCAUCGCGCAAGAUUGGUGGUUCACUGAUCCGUCGGUGUAGCUUCUAGACUGGGAUAGAUGAUCAAUCACUCUGAGAAAAUAGGCCGUCCAUCCAUACUGGACCUUGGUGGUGUCGUUGUUGGUGAUACAUAC